GUGAAACCCAACAGUGUGGACAGACCGGAUGAUGAAGCAGAAAUUAUCGAGGUUUAAGAAAUAAGGUCCUGAGAACUUGCCUUACUUUUUUGAUCCGACUACAUUCAGUGUAACAACUGGACAAACCACCUCUGCAGCCAUUCAGCUCUCCCAUCAGGCGGUCCUUAGUCACUCCUCAUGUUUGGGAUGUGACAGACUGAUUUCAUUACUAGUCGUCAGCCUGCCACUCUUAAGGCUUUUUGUUUUAUCAGUGGUUUAAGGACAUUUCUUCUACAAUGGCCUUGGUGAGGUUGUUAGUGCUGUCUCUGUUCCAUGUGUCUCUGGUUGGGUCGCAACCUGCCAAAAUUUCACAGCAGCCGUCAAGCCCUCCUCACCCUGCAGGAGAGCAAUCUCCUCCUGGGAUUGACAAUCUGUCCUUCCCCUGGAGUCGCCUUCGUCUGCCAAGAUACAUCAUUCCUCUUCACUACCGCCUCCUCCUGCACCCAAACCUCACAAGUCUCAGUUUCACUGGCUCAGUGCAGAUCCAGAUUGAGGUCCGGAACAACACAAAUUGGGUUGUAUUGCACAGCAAGGGUCUGCAGAUCUCAAAGGCCACCAUACUGAACCAGAACCUCCGUCAUCUGUCUGAUCAGGAUCUCCCAGUUCUUCAUAACCCUUCCCACGAGCAGAUAGGCAUUUUCUCACCCUGGGUGCUCAGCAGUGGGCAGAAGUACUUCCUGUAUAUUGAGUUUGGGGCAGAGCUUUCAGAGGGCUUCAAUGGUUUCUAUAAGAGCACCUACAGGACCAGUGCAGGAGAGUUCAGAACUUUAGCUUCAACUCACUUUGAGCCCACCAGUGCUCGGAUGGCGUUCCCUUGUUUUGAUGAGCCAAACUUCAAAGCCAACUUCUCCCUACGGAUCAGGAGGAGCCCAGAGUACAUUUCUCUGUCCAACAUGGCUAUAUUCAAGACAGUUGAAGUAAACGACGGUCUGCUGGAGGACCACUUUGCCGCAAGUGUAAAGAUGAGCACGUACCUCGUAGCUUUUGUCAUCUGUGAUUUCAAAUCUGUUACUGCAACAACAGCCUCUGGUGUGCAGGUGUCAAUCUAUGCUGCCCCUGAGAAGUGGAAUCAGACCCACUACGCCUUGGAGGCUGCUGUCAAAAUGCUUGACUUCUAUGAUGAGUAUUUCAACAUCCCAUAUCCUCUACCCAAACAAGACCUGAUAGCCAUCCCAGACUUCCAGUCCGGUGCAAUGGAAAAUUGGGGUCUGACCACCUACAGAGAGACCAGCCUUCUCUUUGAUCCGCUUACAUCCUCUGUUUCUGAUAAACUGUGGGUUACUAUGGUGAUUGGCCAUGAGCUGGCCCAUCAGUGGUUUGGUAAUUUGGUGACCAUGGAGUGGUGGAAUGAUAUCUGGCUGAAUGAAGGCUUUGCCAGAUACAUGGAGUACAUUUCAGUCGAGGCCACCUACCCUGAACUGAAAGUGGAAGAAUAUCUGCUUCACACCUGUUUUGCAGCAGUUGGUCAUGAUUCGUUGAAUUCCUCUCGGCCAAUAUCUAGUCCAGCAGAUAACCCCACUCAAAUCCAAGAGAUGUUUGACACAGUCUCCUAUGACAAGGGAGCAUGCAUCCUGCACAUGCUGCGACACUUUCUAACAGAUGAUGUGUUCCAGAGCGGGAUAGUGCGAUACCUCCGCAAAUACAGCUACAAAAAUGCACAAAACCAAGACCUGUGGGACAGUCUGGCCAAUACAUGCUCAGAGGAGGAUUUCAUCUCAGGAAAACACUGUUACAGCAGCAGCCAAGCCUCCAAGAAUGCAUACCUGUUUGCAGGGGAGCACCUGAACCUGACAGCCAUGAUGAACACUUGGACUCUGCAGAAAGGUAUUCCUCUGGUGACUGUAACCAGGAAGGGGUCUCGUCUGCUGCUUAGACAGGACAGGUUCUUGAGGACAGUGCUGCCUUCUGACCCCCACUGGUCCACAUUGCAACAGGGUUAUCUUUGGCAUAUCCCUCUGACAUACAAGACCGAUACUUCUAGCACCAUCCACAGACACCUGAUGACGACACACACAGACAGUGUACCCAUAGGAGAGGACGUCAACUGGGUAAAGGUAAACUCUGACAUGACAGGCUACUAUGUGGUUCAUUACGAGGAUGGUGGUUGGGAUGAGAUGACAAAGCUACUGAGAGAAAACCACACUGCUCUCAGCUACAAAGAUAGGACUCAGUUGAUACACAACGCUUUUCAACUGGUCACGGCAGGUCAUCUACCACUCAAUAAAGCCUUAGACUUGAUUGGUUAUCUGCAAUUGGAGACACACACAGUUCCUCUCCUUGAAGGACUUGGCUAUCUGGAGACCUUCUACCGGCUCAUUGAGAAAAGGAAUGAGCUUGAUCUAGCACACAACCUGGGGAUGUACAUCCUGCGAUUUUUCCGUGGUGUCAUUGACCAACAGACAUGGAGUGACGCGGGCUCUGUGUCAGAGCGACGGCUGAGGUCAGAGGUCCUCUCUCUGGCGUGCCACCUGGAUGACCCUCCCUGUCUGGAGCAAGCGCGUCAGAGCUUCAAAGACUGGCUUCAGUCCGACGGAACACUCAACCUGCCCACGGAUGUGGUGGACACUGUGUUUUCAGUGGGAGCACAGGAUGACCACGGCUGGGAUUCACUCCUCCACGCAUACAACACCUCCCUCUCUGCAGCACAAAAACGAAAAAUCCUGUUUGCCUUGACCUGCAGCAGGGACACCAACAAACUACACAGACUGCUGAAGCUAGGUCUGGAAGGGAAGGUGAUACGAUCCCAGGACCUGUCCUCUGUCAUCCUGAUGGUGGCCAGAAACCCGCAGGGACAUCACCUCACCUGGAACUUUGUCAAAAAGAACUGGAGCACACUGGUUGAAAAAUUCCAAUUGGGCUCAUCUUGCAUUAGAAACAGCAUCAUUGGCACCACCGGCCAGUUUUCAUCUCCAGAGGAACUCGACGAUGUAAAGAAGUUCUUUGAGUCCAUCAAAGAACAGGCGUCUCAGCUGAGAGCUACCCAGGUUGCCCUGGACAACGUGCAGAAAAAUGUUCGCUGGGUCCAGAGGAACCUAGAGCCUCUGAGAAACUGGGUGAAUGAGAAGAAUUAAGUGGAAAAAUGUUGGAGGACAGUUUAUGUGGAAAUUGUAAUGUGCUUAACACUGGAGAGUUGAUAGUUUUGUAUGUAAAAAAAAAAAGUUUUGUAAAUUUUCAGGGGACUUAUUUAGAGAACAGCAUUGUGUGUGUGUAUGUGUGUGCGCACAUUUUUGUUACCUCACUGGGACCUUUUCCGGUACAAACACCAACCUUGUCGGGACCAGUAGUCCUCAUAUGGACCAAAGCCCAGUCCUAAUGAAGCAAAACGUCAUUUCUGAGGUCCUGGUUAAGGUUAGGGUUAGAGGUUGGGUUAGGCUGUCCUUAAUGUCCAUGCAAUGUCCUAACAAUGAUAGCUGCGCAAACGUGUGUGUGUGUAAGUGUAUAUGUGUGUGUGUGUGUGUGUGUGUGUGUGUGUGUGUAUGUGCGAGAGAGAGAGAUCCAUAGCAAAAUGACACACAAAUGCUGUGUAAAUGAUUGUUCACCAAACAGACAAUAAAAAA